UUAGUGGGAGAGUUUCUUGUUUAACUAAAAUUUAUUAAGACAAAGAGUCUCAAGUUCAAAUAUAGUAUUUAAUUAUAGCUUGAAGGGUUGUUUGGAAAAAAAAAAGAGAUGGAAUUGAUACUGUAACAACUGAAUUAUGUGGAUAAUUAUUCAGGGGUUAUAUUGAAGCAGAUGUUUCAACUCUCAGAACAUGCUUGUAAUGCGAAUUUCAGACUUUGAGAAUUGGAAAUUAUCUGGUGUGGUUUUUAUUUUUGCAGUGAAAGAUGCCAUUUUGUAAAUUAGAAGUCAAUGAAAUGUAACAGAAGUCUGCCAUGCUUUGUUAUUACAUAAAUCACUGACUAUAAACUUGUACUGACGUUUAAGGGAAGGAAUUAAUUUUUGAAAUUGUGCAGGUCUUUAAUUUUCUUUGGAGAGACAUACCUGUGUAAGAGUUUUAUAGGUUUUAUUCGGAGUGUUAAAACUAAAUAAUGGAAAACUACAGAAAACAAAACCUUAAAAAUCAUCCGAGUACAGAGUUUUCUGACGAGUUUGUUGACAUUGUAAAUGAGAUAAAUGAUUUUAUCUCAGUAUUAGAGGUGCGUCAGAAGGAACUAGCUGCCAGCACUCCAAAGUCCGAGCCCCAGGGUUCGCUCCGGGGGUCAAGGCAGGGUAGCCUAGAGCGACUGUCAGCUCUUGAGUAUUAUAAAACUGACUCUGGGGCGGAAUAUUUGAGUGAGUCGAGCCUUUGCGAAGAUUCACGGACAAAUUCUAAGUCUGAUUUUAGAAGUGAUUCUCAGAGUAAUUCUAGGGCGAGCUCAUUUUCUGAUCUAGGAAGAGCUUUUGAUGAGCCACCAACUGCUAUAGAGAACCACUAUGAACCGAUAGCUAAUAUCUUCCCUACAAGAAUCACUGCCACUGCCACAGCCACCGCUUCUGUAAUUGGACCGUCCUCUACUCCGCCCAAGUGCGCUACUCCGCCCAUAGCGAAACCGGAUCUUCCACCUAAACCACCGGGCUUACUGAGUAUGGGGGAGCCCGGGCAGCCCCCUAAAAGAGUAAAAUCCCUGUUCAACUUCAAGGGUUCUAAUAAUGAUGAGCUCUGUUUCUCGAAGGGUGAUAUUAUAACAGUUACACAGGCUAUUGAUGGUGGAUGGUGGGAGGGAACUUUACAUGGUAAAACUGGCUGGUUCCCUAGCAAUUAUGUACGAGAAUUUAAACAAGCUUGCUGGCACCAACUGAAUGUAUGUCCAUCCAAACCAGUCCAGACCAAUAUCAGCCCAACAUCAGUGCUUACAGAUCAUGAAUUAACUGGAAGCCUGAAAGGUGGACCAGGAGCUAUAGUUACUGUGAAUAAAACCCAGGAAGUGCCAAAACACUUUAGGGAAAGCAUGCAAUACUAUCAUAAUGUGGUGUUACAGAAUGUCAUAGAAACAGAGAGGGCUCAUGUUGCUGAGAUGACUUCAGUUUUACAAAACUAUAUACGUCCUAUCAUCACAUCAGAAAUCAUGAGUUCUUCAGAGUUCUCUGACCUGACAGGCAAUCUAGAAGACAUCAUUACAUUCCAGCAAAAUUUUCUUGUAUCGUUAGAGGAGUGUUCCAAACAUCCAGCACAUCAACGUAGAGUGGGUGGGGUAUUCAUGAGGCACGCACCAUCAUUGAAGGAAUUAUACACACGUUAUUGUGCAAAUCAUCCCAGGGCAGUUGCAAUACUUCAGAAAAAUAGGGAGGAGUUGAGUAAGCUAAUGGAGAAAUUAGGGGCCACACCACCAGGGUCAAUGACCCUGACCACAAUGUUGUCCAAACCCUUCACAAGAUUAGAUAAAUAUCCUAGUCUACUGAAAGAAUUAGAAAGACAUAUAGAGGAAAGUCAUGUAGACAGAGGGGAUACACAGAGGGCUAUAGCUGUAUACAGAGAUAUUGCAAAUCACUGUAUGGAGAUAAGAAAAUUAAAGGAAAUGGAGCAUGAAAUUAUAUCCAGCACAAUUAAAGGUUGGGAAGGGGAGGAAAUCUUACAUCUCGGUGAAGUGAAUCAUCUGUCUCAAGUAAAAAUAGAAACAUCAACUGGCGAGAAACUGGAUAGAAUAUUUAUAUUGUUCCCUAAUGUUUUACUGAUGUUAUCAAGUAGUCCUAGACUAAGUGGCUACCAGUAUGAGGGGAAAUUACCACUAAGUGGUAUGAAAGUCAGUUUAUGUGAAGCUGAUGAAGCAGAAGAUAUUCAUCAGUUUGAAAUAUCAGGUCCAAUGAUAGAGAAAAUGUUAGUCACAUGUGGAACAAAAGCAGAGGUAAACUCAUGGAUGGAUGCCUUGAAGAACCAUGUUGUUCCCAACCAGUCUACACAAUCUAAACCAGUCAGUAUACAAGUGUCAACAUCACAGCCUAGUAUAAGCACCUUAACACCCGCCAAAACUGCCAAAGUUAGCGUGACUCAUGCCAUUACGAGUCUAACGAUGAGUAAAACAUGGUCAAUGUCCUGCUUACGGCCGUCCCCACCCCUCCGACCACCUUUAUUAUAUAGAGAAGAUGGAAUGAGGAGUCCCAGAGCAGGACGAAAGCUCGGGCGGAGAAAACCAGAGAGGACACACUCCCAGGACGAGUACGAUAAACGUUAUAAGAAGUAUGAUCCUAGAACUAAUUCAGAAGAUGCUCUCAUAUUGAAAGUGAUCGAGGCGUAUUGUACCAGUGCAAAAACACGUCAUACUGUCAACUCAUAUAAAUCACCUGAUAUAAUAGUGGAAAAUACAGAAAACCAAAAUGACCAAGCCAUUUUAUACAGUCCUAAUGUAUUAAUACCCCAAGAGGAGAAGAUCAUUGUAGAUGAUGGGGGUGGACCAGACAUGCUUCAGGAAAAGUCAUUGGUUGAUACUGUAUAUUCAUUAAGGGACCAAGUUAAGGCACUAGAAAUGGAUCAGAAGAAAAUGAAGAAAGAUUUAGAAGACGAAGCAAAGGCUCGGAAAUCUCUGGAAAAUCAACUAAAGAAGUUUAUGAAAAGUCAACAAGCUAUGAAUAUAGUGAACAAAGACAAGGAAAUGGAAGAAAACCAUACCUGAUAGUUACUGUUAUGGACAAAAAAUAUUUUUAUUACUUUAUUUAUGUUAAAAAUAUGAUUCAGGAAAUCCGAAAGAUAGUCUUAUAUUUUGUUACAGAGAUUUUUUUUAUGAAUUUUUGUUAAUGGUAUGCCUUUCUGUCCCUUGUGUUAUUCAGAUAUGGGUAAAAGGUGAGCCCAGGGAUGUAUCAUAAUAUAUGAUAGAAUUAUAUAUCAUGUUAUGCAGAAUGUGUCAUUAGAUGUCAGUAAUUUCAUUUAAUUAGGUCAGCUGAUUAGUCAUUUACAUUGACUUUAGGACAAAUUUUCAAUCAGUCACUUGACAUUAGGACAAAUUUUCAAUCAACUAAUUGACAUUAGCAGUUGACAAUAGGACAAAUUUUAAAUCAAUUACUUGACAUUACAACAAAUGAUCAACCACUUAACCAAAAUGUAAGAAUAGUCAAUUAGUCAAUGUAUUAAUGGAAUAAAUGUUAACCACCUGUCAUUCAAAUGAUAAAAUUACAAUACGGCACAUAUAACUUGGGCACAUUCUAGUAGUAUAAACAUGUGCUUCAGAUUUAUUUUAAUUUUCAGUUGAACAUGAAGAAUUCCGUCAGCUGUACUGACUUUGUUUAAGUGGCCAAUUAAUGAUAUAUCUCUUGUUUCUCAACACUAAAAAUACCUCUGUUCAAACAGCCACAUUCUAAAAUUUUUGUUUUCAUUGUUGAUGUUACUUUGAUACAUUAACUGGUUGUAUAUUUUUUCUGUUAUAACAGCCUGAAUUGAAAAAAAAAAUCUUUAAAUCAAAUCCACUUACAAAGUUUGGUUAAUUUGUGAAUAAUCAUCCAUGGAGGAUAUAAUUCUGUGUAUGACUUACUGAUGAUUUAAUAAUUGAUAUUUUUAACAAAAAAUGAAAGCUUUUAUUUCCAUUUAUUAAAGGUAACCAGUGAAUAUUUUUACAUUAGAAAUAUUUACUCAGUGACAUUGAUUGUCUCCCCUGAAAUAUAAUACUGUUUGUCUCCCCUGAAAUAUAAUACUUGUUGCAUUAUUGUAUAAAAGAAGGUGUAUGUCUAGUCAGAAAAAUGUAAUAUUGUUUUUAAAGGCCCAAUUAUGCCUCAGAAAUGCUGCCAAUUUUAUUUCUCAAAAACUUGAUGUUCGCUUUCUUGUUACAGUUUUCAAAGUAAUUUACCUUUGUCAUAUACAUGGACUGUUUAUUUCAACUAUAGCAGUGUUGGCAACUAGUAUAAUUCUAGUGAUAAGUAUUUUGUAAGGAGGUCAAAAUACUAUGUUGUUUACAUUUUGCUAUCUUUAUAACACAUAACUACACAUUCAGCGCUACCUUUUUCAGUUGUUAACAUCUAACAUGCUCUAAAUCCAUUAUUCAAACACUAUUAACACAUGUCUGAAAUUUCUGAAAAUUAAAAAAAUAUAUUGAUUUCUGAGGCAUAAUGUGCCUUUAAAGUAUCAUAUACUGAAUUUGAAUUGCUGAAAUUACUUUAUGUAGAAUGGGUAACUUUAAACAGCUCAUUUGGACCUAUUAUGCUUACUGAUAUUCAGAGAUUAUGACCUUUUAGAGGUUGAAAAUUUGAAGGGAAAGUUGCAUUUAAAUAUUUUACAGUAGCAGUGAAAGUAACAGUAUUUUGUUAGACAUUUUUAGAAAUCAUUGAAACAGUAUUUAACCAAAUAUGUUUCAAUGGUUUCAAACUUUUUUUGUAUUUGACAGAUUGAUUUGCAUUUUAACAAAUUAUUUUGUUACUUAAUUAAGAUUUUUAAAUUUGGCAUAUUUUUAUAUGUAUUUGCAAUUUUUUAAGCAGUAGUUUAUGGUGAUUGGUUACCUUGUAGCUGUCCAAUUAGCCAAUGAUAUUUGUAUUUUUGAAUUCAAUCAUGAGUUAUAACCGAAGCUCCGAUAGACUGAUUUGAUAACCAUUAAUUGUAAAUUUAAUUAUAAGAAUAUGUAUAUAAUUGAUAGAACUUAAAAAAGGUACCAAAAAAGUUGGCUUUGAAAGUGAUAAUUUUCAAAAGUGAAUUGUUACUUAAUUAAGAUAGCCAGAUAUAGAGCCUAUUCAUGAAUGCGUUUGUUUUAACAAAUUUUAUUUUGGUUAUCAUUUAUGACUUGGUGCCAAAUUAAACAUACAUGGACCACAUGCCCUUCACUGCUGUGGGUUCGAAUCUCGACAGGGACUUACUUCAUUUGAGGAAGCUACCCACUUACAUGUGUAGCUUACAGAAUGUUUGUGGUUCUACUCAGUUACCCGUCUGUGCUUGAAAUAAUGCAUGGAAAGGCAUCUGAGGUCUUCCUCCACCAGUAAAGCUGGAAAGUUGCCAUUAUGACCUAUACUGUGUAGGUGCGACAUUAAACCUAACCAAGAAAAAAAAAAUAAAUACAAAUUUAUAUUGAUAUUUGUAAAAUUUAAACUUCAGUUAACAAGCUAGAAAUAUUUAGAUUUAAGAAAAUUUCUUUUAUUUUCAAGAAUUUUAUAUCUAUAAAAUCAGAUAAUUUGAUAUUUAACUUGUUUAGAUUUGUGAUUCCUUCAAUAUAUAAACAGCUAUAUUCACCUGUAUGUAUGACAUGUCUGUUACAUUGUUAGGGAAAAUAAUAUAACUACAGAAGUUUAUUUAAUACAUAAACACUUGUGAUCCCUGUAUAUAAAGUUAAUAUGCAUAAUAUAUGUUAACUUUUGCUGAUAUAGCAAAAGAUGUAAUAAAUUUUUAGCAACACUGA